AUGACCGAAGAGCUUCGCUGGGGCCAGGAACUUCGCUGGGGACUGAUCGGAUGUGGCAAGAUCUCCCACGAUUUCGGGAAAUCCCUCGACAAAGCCGAAAAGCCGCAUAAAGUCGUCGCUUGUGCUGCCUCUUCGCUGGAGCGGGCGCAGAAAUUCGCCAAGGAGCACUUCCCCCACGCCACGCCGUACGGAAGCUACGAGGAAUUGCUGAAAGACCCGCACAUAGGUACGGUCCAUCCCGAAAAAUGAAUUCAGACAACUUUUAGACGCAGUUUACGUCGGAGUGCACAAUGAGGCACAUUGUCCAUGGGCUGCGAAGGCGGUUGAAGCCGGGAAACAUGUGCUGUGUGAGAAGCCGUUUGGAACCUGCGCUGGUGAAGUGAGACAGACUAUUAAGCGGCUCAAGAACAGGAAAACUUUCCUCAUGGAGGUAAGAAGACGAGAUGGUCAAUAAUCUUGACCAACAGGUCUUGAAAAAUGGCUAAAUUGCGGGCAAUACUUAUUGAAUCGGACGUUAUAAAUUUUGCCCAUUUGGGGGUAUUUUUAUUCUAGGGUGAGGCACGGAAUUUUGUACUUUUGGGACACAACCGGUCUCCCCAAAUUUUUUCUUUUCAAAAUCGACCUUCUUCUUUAAUUGGAUGCUCGCUAGCCGUUGAAGCUAGAGAUGUGAAAAUCGGCAUGAAUAUAGAGUAAAGGCUCGGCUUUCAGAAUAUAUAAAUAUUAUAAUGAAAAAUUUUUCCCGAUUUUCGCAGCGACAUGCAAAAACCAUACUGCAGAUUUUCAGGACUUUUUUCGUACAGAUGGCUUUGAUUUCAUAUGGCUCUUUAUAGGCAUUCUGGAGCCGAUUCUUCCCGGCAUGGCGAUACAUUCGCAAUAUCGUGGACACCAAGGAAUGGGGAGAGCCUCGAGUUGUCCAAGCCAAUUUCGGAUACCCACAUGUAUGUAUCUCCUUACCAUUACAAGUCUAUAAGGAAAAUAAUGAGCUCUCUGUCGUUUCAAAAAUCGCAUGGCGGCCGAGAAAAUUAAUUGUGCCGCUGCAAAAUCAAACUGCUUCUCACUUCAGCGACGCGAUUGGCGCAGCGACACCGUAGUCAUUAUUUUCCCGACAGACUGCUAUAAUAUAAUACUAUUACCAAUAUUACUGUGUAAUUCUUUUUCUAGGAAGACAAUUGGCGCUGCAACGAGCGUGCGGAAGGAGCGCUGACCCUAUACGGUCUCUAUGUUAUCAUGCUGUCUCAUUACAUCUACAAACGGAAGCCAGAGAAAGUCUCAGUUAUUGGAGCCAAAGAUAAAGUGCAUGGUAAGAGAAUUAACAUUUUUUUGUCAUCUAAAACGCUUUUAGACUCCGAUGAAUGGGCUACAAUCGUCUUGGAGUACGGCCCUCAGCAACGCGCCGUUCUUUACUACGACUCUCGCACGUGGCUUCCGCAAAACGCCUUCGUCUCUUUCGACAAGGGCCACAUCACACUCCCUGAAUACUUUUGGUGCCCGGAGAAGUUGAUUCGUUGGGAGGGCGAGACUUGGUACAACAACGAACACAACAAGAAGACAAUUGAGUUCCCGCUAAACGAUGACAGAUUCUUCAAUUACAACCAUUCGAGUGGGCUGAGAUACGAGGCGGAUCAUCUUUACGAGCAGGUUCAAAAAGGUAAGUACUAGAGUGGGGGGAAUGAUCCAGUGGCAAAAAACGUACAAUUUUGCAUCCGGGAAGCAUCAAAAAUGUGGCAAAAUGCUUCCCUCUCCAAGUGAAAAAAAACUUUGUCGUGAAGGGUGCGAUCUUUCCCUCACAAAAAGUGCGGGCGCGCUUCUGAAAUGAGAGUUUUAUCACUUGGAGAAGGAGGUAUUUUGCUACAUUUUUUAUACUUCCUGGAUCCAAAAUGGUAGGUAUUUUGCCACUGGAUCAGGUCCCCCACUGUAAUAGUAACCGCUCGCAAGUCGCUGGAGUAAUUUUGGCUUCAUGAAAUCUCAAAAAUUGUUUUUUAUACACAAGACUCGUUGUGCAAGAACUAAUUGUAUAGACGGUGCUAGCUCGUUUGCACAGUCGCUAGGAUGAUUUCCGCGACAUGCAGGGUACAAGAAAAGCCAGGGACAGCCCAAAAAACCUCAUUAUUUCCUGACAGACGGAUCGUAACUCGUAAAAAAGUUUAGAGCCUUGCGAAAGUUUCUACAUAGAUACAUUUUUUCAGGCCGAAUUGAGAGCGAUUUCCAUCCACUGAGCGCCACACUUGAGAUCGUGGAGACCAUGGACGAAGUGCGUCGUCAACUCGGCGUCCACUUCCCUCACGACGACAGAUUCAAGUAG